AUGAGUUCAAAUUUUAAUACAGUUAAAAAUGAUUUCAAUAUUUUUUAUAUAUUUAUUAAUAGGCUGGGAGAUAUCAAAGGUUGGUCAUCAAAUAAGAGUAUUAUUUAUUAUUUUUCUAAGCCAAACUCUAGAAGGGCAUGAAAAGUAUUGAAAAUCAAUCUAUUUCAAAAAAACAUAAGGAAGGUUCAUUUAUAAUUUAAAUUUUGAAAUUUGCUUUCAAAAAAGAUAAGUUUCAAAAAUACAUUGUUUAGAAUCUUCUUAGCAGAUUGUCCAAAAGCUAUAAAUGGAUAAUCUGA